AUGUACUGGACGAACAAUACAAUGACUCGAUGGGAGUCGGUAUUUGGCAUGUUGGCAGAAUGGCAAUGGGAAGUCUUGGUCACCAUUACGGUGCUUGUUGUCAGCAGCCUCCUCUACCUGGAUCGCCCGGCUGUCUACCCAGGUAUCCCUUUGAUAGGAGCCGGGAAAGGGUGGUUUGCGUAUAGGCAUGCACUUAAGAAGUAUCGCCUCAACGGACGGAAGAUGGUGGAAGAACAUGCCAAGACCAAAAAGCCAUUUCAGGUCAUUACAGAUACGAUCACCAAGAUUUUCUUGCCAGCUGAAUAUGUCAACGAGAUCAAGGGAAUUAAAGAGCUGAGCUUUGGCAGGGGUAUUAUCGCUGAGCUGCUUGGCGAAUAUCCUGGUUUUGAGGCCGUCUCCGCCCUGGGCGACGAGAGCAACAUCAUCCAGACAGUUUCCCGCUUGAACAUUACAACGUCACUCAAACAUCUGACGGACGAAAUAUCCGAUGAGGCAUCCGCGGCACUACAAGAACAGCUGGGAGACAACACGGAGGAUUGGCAAGAAGCCAGCGUCAAGCCCACCGUCCGUAACCUCAACGCCCGCCUCUCGGCCCGCGUCUUUGUCGGCCCCGAGCUCUGCCGCAACAAGGCCUGGCUGGAGGUGUCGACCAGCUACGCGGCACGAUCCAUCAUCGCUGUCUCGAAACUGCAGACGUGGCCUCGUGUGCUGCGGUGGCCCGUCAGCUUUUUGCUGCCUGAAUGCAGAGUCUUGCAGCGUAUGGUUGCUGAUGCGCGUCGGAUCCUGGCGCCCAUCGUUGCCAAUCGUAACCAGCCAGUCGACGCAAAGCAGCGGGGAGGCGAUACGAUUUUGUGGCUACAAGAAGCCCUCUCCAAGGCCAACAUCUGCCAUAAAUACUCGGUGGCAGACUUCCAGCUCAGCUUGAGCCUCGCCGCCAUCUACACCACCACCGAACUGCUCACCAACGCACUUUUCGACAUCGUCAGCAUCGGCCCAGAUCUUAUCGAUGAGCUGCGGAGCGAGAUUAUACAAGUGUUCAAUGGGGAAGGCGGCAUCGUUUCAUCUAACGGCGGAGAGAUGUUCACAAAGGAGCGGCUGUAUAAGCUGCGUUUGAUGGACAGCACCUUGAAGGAGACGCAGCGCCUUCGCACGUCAAGGCUUGGCGGCAUGCCACGUCUAGCUACAGCGCCCGUCACCCUCCAAUCCGGACUGACAAUCCCGGCCGGCGCCUUCACCCACGUGCUGUUGACGGUACACACGGAUCCAUCGAUAUACCCGUCCCCGGAGACGUAUGACCCGCGCCGAUUUCUGAAGCUGCGCUCCCAGCCGGGCCAGGAGAAGAACUGGCAGCUGGUGACGACGAGCCCGUACCACCUGGCGUUUGGGUACGGGGAACACGCGUGCCCGGGGCGCUUCCUGGCAGCGGCCCAGGUCAAGAUCGCGCUUGUGCGGCUGCUGAUGGAAUACGACUGGCGCAUGGAUGGAGAGGUGCCGGAGAGGUUAGAACUAGGCGGCGGGUUAAGUUCGUCCAAUCCGACCGCCAAGGUCUCGUUCAGGAAAAGGAAGGCCGAAGUAGUGUUUUGA